AUGCUGGGUUGGGGUUGGGAGCGCCAAAGUUUCCGGCUAUCCCAACUCCCCCCGGAUCGUAUGACUUCUCAACACCCCAAUAUCUCUAUGGAUCCAACGGCUCGCAAUGAUACUAGUCCCGCAAAUACUAAAGAUCCUGAUGGUGGUGAUGAUAACGUUCACGUCUAUUGGGCUAGAGAUCCUAUGGGUCCUAUAGAAACGAAGCUUGAAUAUGCCCUCGAGACCCCAUAUACAAGCCAGAAUUGCCCUCCAGAAAAGGGGAACAACACAUUGAGGGUCCCGAAACCCGACAUAGUUUUUGGAUACGACGCUGAAAAUUUUCCUGAGAUACUUAAGUUGAAAGAAAAUAAAUAUACGCCAGAAAAAGAGCUCAGCGACUGGUUUUACUCCAGUACAAGUUGCAUUUGUUUCCCGUACAUGGUUCUUGAAGCAAAAGGCCAUCGAGAUUUAUUCGCACUAGCAGAGAACCAAGCUAUUGAUGCUGGCCGGGUGUCCUUGGAUAGUACCUGGUCGAUACUUGGAGACGAAGAUAUGGUUUUCCUCGUUAGCGCAAUGCCAUAUCUUGCAAACGUCUCCAUCAUGUGGAGAUAUGUAGACCCAAGUAACAAAGAGCCUGUUUAUACCUCACAAUUCUAUACCAGCUUUGCUUUACUGGAGAUGGACCAAUUUAAAAAGUUCCGAACAUUACUAUUCCGUAUACAAUAUUGGGCAGGAACGAAUAAGUUACAGCGAAUUGAACAAGGCUUUCGAACGUGGAAAAAUGAUGGGUAUCCCCGAAACCUAUACCAACCAGUAAAGCGCAAAGUACUAUCCAAAGGACGUUCGCUUGUUUGGGUCCCUAAUAGCUAG